CCCCGGCCAGCCUGUCACCCGCACACACACUUCCUGUUUUUGUGACCUUAACCUUGCAUGUGGAGAGAGAGGAGGAAUUCCAGACAGCCAUGUCUCUGGUUACCGAUGCCUUUGUGUCGCAGAUCGCAGCCGUGGAACCAUGGCCUGAAAAUGCUACUCUUUAUCAGCCGAUGAAAAGUGAACAAGUUCUGCUUUCUAACAAUGCAUCCUGUCUUGCUGUCCAGGCCUUCUUACAAAUGUGCAAUCUGCCAGUCCAGGUGGUUUGUAGGGCAAACGCUGAAUAUAUGUCUCCAUCUAGAAAAUUUCCUUUUAUCCAUGUUGGGAAUCAAGUAAUAUCAGAACUGGGACCAAUAGUACAAUUUGUAAAAGCCAAGGGCCAUUCCCUCAGUGACGGUUUGGAUGACGUCCAGAGAGCAGAGAUGAAAGCCUACAUGGAACUGGUUAAUAACAUGCUAUUGACAGUAGAGUUAUAUAUUCAGUGGUGUGAUGAAGCUACACUAAAGGAGAUCACUCAGCCCCAGUAUACCUCACCGUAUUCAUGGCCAGUCAAUGCCAUCCUAGUUCUUCAAAAGAAAUGGGAAAUUAAGAGGAAAAUGAAAGCCAUUGGCUGGGCUGGGAAGACACUGGAACAGGUUUAUGAGGAUGUUGAUCAGUGCUGCCAGGCCUUAUCUCAGAGGUUAGGAACCCAGCCCUAUUUCUUUAAUAAACAACCCACUGAGCUGGAUGCUCUGGUAUUCGGACAUCUGUUCACAAUCCUCACCACUCAGCUGACUAACGAUGAACUCCAUGAAAAAGUCAAGAAUUACAGCAACUUGAUUUCCUUCUGCCGAAGAAUUGAGCAGAACUAUUUUGAAGACCACGACAGGGACAGUUCCACUGGUUCUUCCAUGAGAUUAUCCAAAGGUCCAGCACUGCCUUAGAGUUUCUGUUAUGUUUUUUGUGGGGGGGCACGUUAUGGGAAUGAGAAUAAAAAUGUUUUGUAAAGUUUACUAUGUGCAUACAAGUGACUGGCCCUUCA